AUGGAAGAGUGCAUUCAAGUCCGAAGAUACGAACAACUUCACACCGCCAAGGAAUUCGAGUCUCUUUUUGAAACUCAAAACGUUCCCGCUGUUUGGUGCGGUUGCAUCAAGAAUUGGAGAGCGUUCUCUCUUUGGAACCCUCGGAACGGUGGCCUUGAUUACUUGCAAGAACGGGUAGGGUCUGCCACGGUGGAGGCUAUGGUAUCUUCAUCCGCACCUGUAUUUUAUGGCGAUCUUGGAAGUCAUGAGAGGGUUCCUCUACCAUUUUCUAUGUUCCUUGAUUUGUGUAAGAAACGGUUACAUAUGCAAACUGGGCAACAACAUCAACAUUUAGAUGAUGAUCAUUCUGUUGCCUUGCAAACGGAUCACACACAACAUGAUUAUUUGUCCUUGGAAGAUGUUCCUGAACAAAUUUAUUUAGCGCAGGUGCCGAUCAUGAACCGUGAUCGUCAGGAGAAGGUUCAAUUGGGAACCCUAAGGGAAGACAUUCAGUUGCCUCCCAUUUUGGGAGCAAAAGAACUGGCUUCUAUAAAUUUGUGGAUGAACAAUGCACAAUCUAGAUCUAGUACUCACUAUGAUCCACUCCACAAUCUUUUGUGCAUAGUUUCUGGCCGCAAACAAGUUGUUUUGUGGCCUCCUUCUGCUAGUCCCUCACUCUACCCAAUGCCUAUUUAUGGAGAAGCUUCCAAUCAUAGUUUGGUUGCUUUGGAAAACCCUGAUUACUCGAUUUAUCCGAGGGCAGAAUGUUCAAUGGAGUUGGCACAAAAGGUUGUUCUGGAGGCCGGCGAUGCACUUUUCAUUCCUGAAGGCUGGUUCCACCAGGUAGACAGUGAUGAUUUGACUAUUGCUAUUAACUUGUGGUGGAGAUCCAACACAAUGUCUUGCAUGUUGGAACAUAUGGAUGCUUAUUAUUUACGCAGAAUAUUGAGAAGAUUGAUUGACAAAGAGAUGGAUCAACAACUGCUUAAGUUGGGGAUGCGAGUAACAAGGAUGUGUGCGUACAAGCUCCCGAAUAAUGGAGAAGCAAGUCACACGGAUGAAAGUUGCAGUCAGAUGCCAAAAGGAAUGGAUUUGAAGGAGAAACUAAAAGAGGGCAACACAUUGCUUGAAUUAAAACCUGCUGCAGUCCAGGUGCUUCAUGAACUUGUGUCUUUAGUUCACAGCAGUGUUACUGCCAGUCAGGAUCAGCAAUCACUGUCAACUUCUAUAAAUGACAAUGAGAAUAUAGGAGAUGAGAAAUGUGAGAAAAUAGUGUCUGCUGACUUGAAAGAUGAUCCAGCUGCUAAACUUCUCUGGGACGUUGAACCACAAAUUCUCCAAAAUGUCUUUCUUGCUAUGGCAAGCAGCUUUCCAAGAACUUUAGAGGCUCUAGUUCUGCAUGUACUUUCACCAGUUGGGAUUGAGGUUCUUACUCGGAAAUUCGAUGAGAUGGACGAACAAGUUCUUGAGGGAGAUCGGAGUAAAUUUUAUGAGGCUUUCUACGGUGCAUUUGAUGAUCAAACUGCAGCAAUGAAUUCUAUUCUAAAGGGGAAGGAGCUAUUUACUCAACAGGCAUUUAAGAAUGUAUUGGACAAAUUUGUGGGGGUGAAUCUAGAAAGCUCAAAGCCCCAGGGUUCAUAUGAGAUGCUAAGAGAACUUUAUGAUUCAGGCAUUUAA